CCUGCGCAGCGCGCCUGCCUCCGCGAUGCAUGGGGGUGGCCCCCCCUCCGGGGACAGCGCAUGCCCGCUGCGCACCAUCAAGAGAGUGCAGUUCGGAGUCCUCAGUCCGGAUGAACUGGUAAGCGGCUCUGCCCUCCCACUUCUCCUCCCUCCCGCUCCCGCUCCCGCGGCGGGCGGGGCUGGACGGUAGUUGCGGAAACUUGGCGCUCCUCGCUGCCUGUUGGUGGUAGCAGCGUCCAAGGCAGCGCUGUGUCCUGCCUCUUGUCCUCCCAGAGUUAAGUUUUGGGAGGGUGUGAGCAAGGUUAGUGCUGUGUCCGAGAUGCGGGUCUGGCCUCAGAGGUUCUUCGAAGCUUGUAGGAAGGGCUGGAGGGAGAGAAGAGGGACUGACUGUGCACGUUGAACGAGAGCAGAAGCAUUUUAGGGAGAUUCUUUGCAAAUGUGGAUAGGAAACUGAGCUCCAGAUUUUUUUUCUUUCCUUUCUAAAAAUACUAAUUGAGCACGCAGAUUUUCUCCCUUUCCGCUUCUGCAGAUAUUAAUCGAGCGCCUCUGUGUGAUAGGUGGAGGAGUUCUGUUGACGCAGUGGUUAAGAGCUCGGCUGCUAACCAAAAGUUUGGCAGUUCGAAUCCACCCGUUGCUCCUUGGAAACCUCGCGGAGCAGUUCUACUCUGUCCGGUGGGGUCGCUGUGAGUCGGAGUCAACUCGACGGCAACGGGUUUGGUUUUGGUUUUACGUGCUGGGGAUACAGAGCUGGCAAGGACCCUGCCUUCUAGAGGCUCCUUUCUGUGGGCAGGGGUGGGAGAAACAGACAGUGAGCAUAUGAACAAGUGAAUGAGCAAGAUAGCUUAGUUAAUAGUAUUUAAUAAAGUGAAACCGGGGUAAUGGGGCGAUAUUAGAUGGGGUGGUGUUAGGAAGGGCUUGUCUGAGGAGGUGUUCUCAGGCGGAGAAAACAGCAAGUGCAAAGGGCCUGAGGGAAGAAUGAACUUGGGUUGUCUCUUGGGCUGAAAGAAGGCCAGUUUUGUCUGGGCCUUAUUGGGUGAGGGGGAGAGUGUUACACAAGUAGGCUGGAGAAGGGGAAGUGGGGCAGAUCAGAUGGGAUCUUGUAAGUCAUAGUGAGGAAUCUGUAUUAUUCUGUUUUCAGUAGGAAGCCAUUGGAGAAUUAUAAGCAGAAGGGUAGCAUGACCAAAUGUACGUUAAAAAAGAAAAAAAACAGCAACCAACCAGCCAGGAUCGUGGUUGCUCUGGGAAGAUCUGAUGGGGGCGGAGUAAGAAUGGAAGCCCAGAGAAAUGAGUGAGAUCUGUGAGGAGGGUAGUCCCAGGGGAGAGCUGUUGGUGACUUGGACUCAGUUUUUGUGGCAGUAACAGGAGGGAGCCAGUUGGCUAGGGAGAAUGGAGUUAAAGGGCUGUAACGCAGAUGGAGACAAUUUUGAUGGGCGAGAGAGCUCAGCUGUGAGAGAGUUGUGUCAGGAGUUAGAACGUCCUGACCCCACACCACGCCACAGAAUAAAUUCCAGAUGGAGUUACGGCUGAGAUCUAGAAAACAAAACUGUAAAAGCACUUUUGGGACUUUUGGGAGCCUGACAUCAGGAGCAGAAACCCUAAGUAAUGAAUUAAUUACAGGUAAAUUUUAUUGAGUGCCUGCCACGUGCUAGACACAGAGCCAAGUGUUUUACACACAAAGAAGAGCAAGGCAGAUUUCACUACUUAAAAAUAAGAGCCACUUUCAUUUAUCGGAGAUGCCGUGGGUAAAGGUAAAACAUUGGGAAGCAGGUGACAUCAGAGAGUUAGAUUUCAUAACACACAGGGAGCAGUCACUCACAAAUCAGAAACGCACACAGCUACCAGGAAAGUGGAAAAAAUAUGUGAACAGGCAGUUCACAGAAGUAGUAAAAAUGGUGUGUAAAAAUAAUCAGCUUGCCAAAGAAAGGCAAAUUAAAAUAUCAUUUAUACUUACCUAAUUUUUCUCUUUUGGAAAAAACAUUGGGACAUAGGCGUGCGUAUACAUUGUUGGAAGGAAUGUAAAGGCAUAUAACCUUUUUGGAGGACAGUCUGGCACUUUUAUCUGUCUGCUCUGACCCAGCAUGCCCAUGUUUAAGAAUUUGUUAAAAGUUCUUCAUUUUUCUCCUUAGACGUGCCCCUUCUCCACUCUUGUCUUACUCAGUAAAUGGCUCCACAAUUUAUAUGGUCGCUUAGGCCCAAGAAUCUAAAAGCCACCUUUAAUUUUUCUCUUUCUCACAACCUCUACUCAGUCCAUCUGCAAGUAUGUCAGCUCUGCCUUUCAGAAUAUGUCUGGAGUCCAGCCAUUUAUGAUCAUCUUCAUUUCCGCCAGCAUAUUCCACCCCACAAUCAUCAUUCCCCAGGCACCUGUAGUAGCCUCAGCCCCCAGUUGGUCUUCUUACAGUUCGCAGAACAGCUAAACAUCUAGAGGAAUCUUUUCAUCGUGCUCCUUCCCUGAAGGAAUCCUCUCCAGAGCUCCCCAGUCCCUUAUGUUUGGAGUGAAAUGCACACCCCUUACUGUGACCUACAAGGUCCUUGUGAGCUGGCCUUUGCUUACCUCCUCUCCUUACCUUCUCCUCUUCGGUGUUCUUUAAUCACACUGACCUGCUGCUCUUCCUUCGAUACUACAAGCUCAUUCCCGCCUCUAGGGCUUUAUUGCUCACCUUCCUGCUUCUGGGAACAACAUUACCCAGACCUCCAAAUACCUGUUUCUUUUUGUCGGUAUGUUCUCUGUUUAAAUGUCAUGUCAUUCAGAGCACUUCCCUGACCAUCCUAUUUAAGAUAGCAUUCUCCUUUGAGUCCUUGGGUGGUGCAAAUGGUUAAGUGCUUAGCUGCUAAUGGAAACGGUGGUUUUAGUUCACCCAGAAGUGCCUCAGAAGAAAGGCCUGGUGACCUACUUGUGAAAAAUCAACCACUGACAAUCCCGUGGAGCACAGUUCUACUCUGACACACAUGGGUCCGUCUCUUUUCUGUUUUAUUUUCCUUCAUAACCUGCCAUUACCUGAAAUGAUAAGUUUUAUCUGUUUCCUGCUCCCUCGCUAGAGUGUAAAUUUCGUGAGGAACCUUGUCUGUGUUACCUCUGUUCCCUUGGCACCUUGAAUGAUGCCUGGCACACGAUUACUUGAAAUGAGUGGAUGAGAUAAUUGGGCCAGUACACGAAUGUAUAUGGAAGAGUGUUUAUUGCAGUAGUGUUUGAAAAUGACGAUCAUAAACAAUCUAAGUGUUCAUUAAUAGGAACCCUUUCUUCGAAUAACUGAGGGUCCGUUCUAACAAUAGAGCAAGAGCUUCCCAGAGGUUGGAUCUCUGUUCCCAACUGCUGAGGCACCCCAGGCAGCACCGCUGACUCACACGGUGCAGUGGGAUAUUUUCAACGUUAAAGAAAAACACAGCUGCGUUUGUUGGGUGCCCUGGGAGCUCAUGGGGGAGGCCGCCCCAUUUCAGCAUUAGGUGGCGCUGAAGCCUGUCUCAUGACGUCAUGUUUUUGUGAAGCUGGGAUUUCAGCAGUUGCUAAGCACCUGGCAAAAGUCAGUGUGAAACAAGAAAUAAGGGUGGUGCUAGCCAAUCUGAUUCCAAGAUUUGAGAAGUUCGCAGUGCCAAACAAGUGCCCGGCACAAAUGUGUAAUUUGAGAAAGAAAUAAAAAUAUUUUUUUCUUUCAGUUUAUGUGUAUUACUUUUUCCAAUGCUACUAAGGUCUUAGAGCGUAAUUAUAUGUUAAGAUGUUUGGAUCUGAUUACUUAAGUGGGUCUUUUAGGAACUUCCUUUGGGCUGGGGGUGCUGUGAAAGUUACUGAGACAGAUAGCCCCGGUGGUGCAGUGGUUAAAGCGCUUGGGUGCGGAACAAAAGGUCAGAGGUUCAAAUCCACAAGCAGCUCUGCUGGAGGCCGAUGUGGCAGUCUACUUCUAUAAAGAUUACAGUCUUGGAAACCCUAUGGGGCAGUUCUGCUCUGCCCUAGAGGGUCACUGUGAGUCAGAAUUGACUCAUUGGCAGUGGGUGAAGGGCACUGUGAACUGGUCACAUUUGACAGUCUCUGGGUUAAAGGAAAACAUUACUAAAAAGUACGCAGAAUGAGACUUGAUUUAUGUAAGGAUAACAUGUUUGCAUUUUUUAAAAGUUCACAAAACUUUUAGCAGUUAUUUGUGUUCCGCUUUGGGUAAGUGGAUAGGUGGGUAAGGGGCCUUUGUGGAGCAAGGGGUAUUUAAGGUUGGAGAGUUCUCCAAAGGGCUGGGCGAGUGGUACACUGUAGGUACAGAGAGCUCUUAGAAUUAGCUGCAAGAUAGAGUUUCUGCGUUUGCUGUUAUAAGAUAGGUGUGGAUGUUGCUGGCUUGUUCAGAGUCGGGGUGGGGUGGGGUGCUUGACUGCUUUAAAAGGAGUUGAUCCUGAUUCAUUAAAAACACCAUUUAUUGACUGUCUACCAUGGAAUGUAUAAUCGUAUUUAUAGCCUAACUUAUUCCAAGAAAGAUUUAAAGCAGGAAUAUACUGCUUUAGGUAAAGUGUAUGCUACAUCAGUAAAUCAGAAUGUUAUCCCUGUUUUCAAAUUAUUUAUAAUUUAGUGAGGGAUUUCCUAUACGUAUAACAAAUAUUUACUCAGAUUUUGGGUGGCACAAACUGUUAAGCACUUGGCUCCUAACCAAAUGGAGGUUGAAGUUCACUCAAAUGCACCUUGAAAGAAAGGCGUGGUGGUCUGCUUCCAAAAAAUCAGCCGUUGAAACCCCAUGGAGCACAGUUCUACUCUGACAUACGUGGGAUUGUCAUGAAUUGGAAGGGACUCUAUGGCAACUCUGUUUUUUUUUUUUUUUUUUUUGUACCAUGUGCUGGAUACCGUGCCAGGCAAUGAGGAUAUAAAGAUAAAUAAAACAUGAUCCUUGCCCUCAAGGAUUACAGUCCUGCGGGAGAGACAAAUGUGUAAACAAGUAGUUAAAGUUCAGCUGAGAACCUUGCUGAGGUAUGGAUAGAGCUAGGAGGAGUAAGAGAAGACUUUAUAAGAAGGUAAUAUCUGAGCUAGGUCUUAAAAAAUGAAUAAAAGUUUAGUCUGGAGGAAGCACGUGAAGCAGAAUGAACUUUGAGAAGUCUUUUGUAGACGGAGCUUAAUGUCGGGCUGGGAGAAUGUGGAACCACAUAAAGCUGUAAAAGUGGGUUGCGGGCGAAUUGUAAGGACCUUGAAUACUUCGCUAAAGGCAGAGGAGAGAGAAUGAGUAUUUACUGAGAACCUACCACAGACAGACCUUACGUUUUGUGACCUUGGGUUACACAGCCAGAGCAGGGCAGUUCCUGAGUGGGAACCCAGCCUGUGACCUGCCAUCCCCCUGGAGUUUAACCUUAUCCUCUAGGCAGUGAGGAAUCAGUGUUUGGUGUGAAGGGUUGGUGGCUAAAGUGGUUAGAAUGUAUGACGGAAGCAUAGUCCUUCCCAUCAACUAGAACAUUCAUGUCUGCUGCUUAGGAUACCCUCCUGCCCAGUCUCAGAAUGCCUGGAAGUAGAAUUAGUCAGAAGGGUGGUUGGCUUGGUAAGUGUGGACUCUGAGCAGAGGGAGAUAGAGUUUUGAGCGUGAUUUCCCUCAGGCCUCUCUGCAGUGACAGUUCUGGCAGCCAGAUUCAGGCCUGCUUCCGCGUUUUUGUGUUUUUAUUCAAGGUGAGCAAAUUCUUUGUGGUUCUCUCACAGAACAGCCGAUGGGUUCCAGCUUUGUUAAUUUAGUCGCACACCAGGCCUGGCCCCUUGAGAUUGCAUUAGGUCGACUUGAUUAGCGUUUUGGGUGUUCAGGACCUCUUCAGCCUUGCACCUGUAGCCCAUGUUGGUUUCUGCCCAGCAGUGGCUGAUCAGCUCUGUAUGAGGGGAUUACUGGUCUGUCAGGAGCAACCACUGUUUGUUCCGAGUUCUUUGAGGACACCUCCCUGGAGUUGAGAGUCUUAAGCAGUUUAGUUCAGAUUAAUAGGCAUUUAUUGGUUGCCUGCUGGGUGUUAGGCAGGCACAAGGGACCCAAGAUGAAGGAGGGAUCCAAGAUGAAGGAGAGGUGUUGCCUGCCUGAGAGGAGCGUAUAAUCUGUGAGGGAGAUAGAUCUCUCCUAGAGAGGGGCUGUGGAAGCACACAGGGACCCUGGGUCUAAAUGGGGAGCCGUGAGAAACCUUCCUGGAGGAAGAGUGCCUGAGCUGAGUCUUGAAAAUAGAGGUUUGUCCAGUGGGAAAGGCAUUCCAGGCAGAGACAGCAUGGUGCGGAGGAGGGCCUGCAUGUUGUGCUGGAUUCCAGGGGGUGGAGGAGAUUCUGUUGCUGGUGAGUAAGUAGGAAGGUGUGGAACAUCAGGGAAAUGUAGGUGGAAACGUCAGAUGGCACUUUUGUCUGCCAUUGUGCUGAGCUUAGACAUCUUUCUGAGGACAAGAAGGUAUGAAUGAUUAGACUUCCCUUUUAGAAGGAGCACCCUGAUUGUGGUGUGGAUAGACUGGUGAGGGAAAGGCUGGGGACCGAUGAGAUACUAGUUCACUGCCUCAACUAGGGCAGUGGUAACAGGGACAGAGAAGAGGGGCAAGAGACCAAAAUAUUUAGCAGUUAAAAAUGACCUGAACUUGGUGAAUGAUUGGAUAGUAAUAGUCGUCAUUUAGUGAACACCUGUUAUGUCCUGGGCUUAAGCCAGUGAGUGAUUCAGUCCCUACUGGUUACAUAGUUCAUAAGGGAUAGAGCCAGAACUCCUCCGCUUAAAGAGAGGUUUCUGACUCCAGCGCCCAUACUCUUUCAGCAGUUUUGUGCCAGUAUAGGUUUCUGACUUAAGUGCCAUCUCCUGAGAUUGGGACUAAAAAUCAGAGGGUUUUGUGGAAAAGAGAAUUUACUUUUAGACGUGUUGGGUUUGAGUUAUCUGUUGAAUAUCUGCAGGGGGCUCAGCAGGUAGUUAAGUAUGUGAAUCCAAAGCACGGAAAAAUGGUGAGGACUGGAGGCAGAUACUUGGGAGUCAUCAGUAUGUAGGGCGGCUUGUCAGGUAUGAUGAGAAGUGGACCACCUCAAACCCACGAGAGCAGCAGUAGAACAAGGCAGAGGAGCCUGGGAAGUCAGAGAGGUAGGAGGAGAGUGUGGUGUGGAAGCAGAGGGAGAACUUGUGCAAAGAUGAAGCAGGGUCUCAGCUCCAGUGUGUCACGUGUAGCGGAGGGCCAGCGAGGUAAGGACUGAGACGGGCUGUACAUGUGGCAGAGUGGAGCUCCUCAGCCUAUCCGGAGAGGCUUUAGUGAUAAUGGUGGUAGUGAGAGAAGGUGUCGUAUUUAGGAAAGAGCUGUGUGUAAAUCACCAGUGAUCGCCACGUUUUGCUGAUUUGGACCCACCCAUCUGUUUUUCCAGCAUGAUGCAGUAGAAAGGCUGUACAGGUGAAACCGAUAGACCUGGGUUUACAUCGGCUCCGCCACUUUCUUCCAUUUGCAUGACCUUGGGCCAGUCAGCUUUGUAACCUGUAAAAUGGAGACAGUGAUAAGUUAGUUAUGAAGAUUAGAGUGGAAGUCAGCUAGCACUUGUGCUCGGCACCAAGAAAACGUUAAAUGGAUUCUCGUGUUUAAGUCAUUAUUUAUGCGGCAGCCAGGUAGAGUGGAAUGAGCAUUUGUGUUGGGAAUAUGGAGAGUUGGGUCUGACUUCCUGUGGCGCCUUCAGAUGGAGGCUUUGGCAAGUCACGUCACGCAGCUUCAGGUUUCUUACGUGUAAAAAAAUAGUAGUUUAUUCUUGUGAGGUUAACGGUUAAGAUGAGAGUUCUAAAAUACCUAAGUUCAUUUGGUGUCUGACAUUAGGGUAAUACGCACAUGAAAGCUCUCGUUAAAUUCCUCUAAGUUCUACUGGGAGUUCGGUGGACCAAAGCCUAGCUAAUUUGGUUUUCAAUGUGAAAGAUUACUAAAGGUCGCCACAGCCAAUCUGUAGCCUAGCGCAGAAAGCUUUUCUGAGUUCUGUCUCCCUCGUUCCUUUACUGAGUUACCCCAUGUAUCCUGGCUCCACCUUCCUCAGGAUUCCAGCUACCAGCUCCGCAUUGGUCCACCUUGGUCCACUUCUGCUCCAGAUAGUUCAUUCACCUGUCCUUCUAGCACCCAGCUUUCCUGUCUUAUCUCAUCUGAACAUGGAAAGGUUCGGUCAAGUCGGACCGUUGAGAAGAUGGCAAGGAAGAGGUGUAGAGGCAAGACUGUAUUUACAAGUGUCUGAUUGCUCACUGAGGCACCCUGGUGGCACAGUGGAAACCCUGGUGGCAUAGUAGUGAAGCAUUACAGCUGCUAACCAAAGGGUCAGCAGUUCAAAUCCACCAGGCACACCUUGGAAACUCUAUGGGGCAGUUCUAUUCUGUCCUACAGCGUUGCUAUGAGUUGGAUUCGACUCGACGGCACUGGGACUGGGUGGGUGGUACAGUGAAGCGACUGACUGCUAACUGAGAGGUCGGCAGUUCGAAACCACUGACCACUCCAUGGAAGAAAGAUAUGGCAGCCUGCUUCUGCAGAGACUUACAGCCGUGGAAACCCCAUGGGGUCACUAAGCGAAUGUCUGUGACAGAGGGUGGUAUCAAGUACCCAGAGACAACUGAAGGAGGCCGCCCCAAGCUUGGGGGACUGAUGGAUCCAAGGCAGGGCGUGAUAGAGCGGACCGGCCGCUGCCAAACAUGUGCAGGAAACAUGACAGAGUGUCCUGGCCACUUUGGCCACAUUGAGCUGGCCAAGCCUGUCUUCCAUGUGGGCUUCCUGGUGAAGACCAUGAAAGUCCUGCGCUGUGUCUGCUUCUUCUGCUCCAAACUGCUUGUAGACUCUAACAACCCAAAGAUCAAGGACAUCCUGGCCAAGUCCAAGGGGCAACCCAAGAAGCGUCUCACACAUGUCUAUGACCUUUGCAAGGGCAAAAACAUCUGCGAGGGUGGGGAGGAGAUGGACAACAAGUUCGGUGUGGAACAGCCUGAGGGCGACGAGGAUUUGACCAAAGAAAAGGGCCAUGGCGGCUGCGGGCGGUACCAGCCCCGGAUCCGGCGCUCGGGCCUGGAGCUCUAUGCAGAGUGGAAGCAUGUCAACGAGGACUCUCAGGAAAAGAAGAUCCUGCUGAGCCCCGAGCGAGUGCAUGAGAUCUUCAAGCGCAUAUCCGACGAGGAGUGUUUUGUUCUGGGCAUGGAGCCCCGCUACGCACGGCCGGAGUGGAUGAUCGUCACGGUGCUGCCCGUGCCUCCCCUCUCCGUGCGGCCCGCUGUUGUGAUGCAGGGCUCAGCCCGCAACCAGGAUGACCUGACUCACAAACUGGCUGACAUUGUGAAGAUCAAUAAUCAGCUCCGGCGAAACGAACAGAACGGCGCGGCAGCCCACGUCAUCGCAGAGGACGUGAAGCUCCUGCAGUUCCAUGUGGCCACCAUGGUGGACAAUGAGCUGCCUGGGUUGCCCCGUGCCAUGCAGAAGUCUGGCCGUCCCCUCAAGUCUCUGAAGCAGCGGUUAAAGGGCAAGGAAGGUCGGGUGCGAGGGAACCUGAUGGGCAAACGUGUUGACUUCUCAGCCCGCACGGUCAUCACUCCCGACCCCAACCUCUCCAUUGACCAGGUUGGCGUGCCCCGCUCCAUUGCCGCCAACAUGACCUUUGCGGAGAUUGUCACCCCUUUCAACAUUGACAGACUUCAGGAACUAGUACGCAGGGGGAACAGCCAGUACCCAGGGGCCAAGUACAUCAUCCGAGACAAUGGCGAUCGCAUUGACUUGCGUUUCCACCCCAAGCCCAGUGACCUUCACUUGCAGACUGGCUAUAAGGUGGAACGGCACAUGUGCGAUGGGGACAUUGUUAUCUUCAAUCGACAACCAACUUUGCACAAAAUGUCCAUGAUGGGCCACAGGGUCCGCAUCCUGCCCUGGUCUACUUUUCGCUUGAAUCUUAGUGUGACGACCCCGUACAAUGCAGACUUUGAUGGGGACGAGAUGAACUUGCACCUGCCACAGUCCCUGGAGACACGGGCGGAGAUCCAGGAGCUUGCCAUGGUGCCACGCAUGAUUGUCACCCCCCAGAGCAAUCGCCCGGUCAUGGGCAUCGUGCAGGACACGCUCACGGCAGUGCGCAAAUUCACCAAGAGAGAUGUCUUCCUCGAGCGGGGCGAAGUGAUGAACCUCCUGAUGUUCCUGUCCACAUGGGACGGGAAGGUCCCCCAGCCAGCCAUCCUCAAGCCGCGACCCCUGUGGACGGGCAAGCAGAUCUUCUCCCUGAUCAUCCCAGGCCACAUUAAUUGUAUCCGUACCCACAGCACCCACCCUGACGAUGAGGACAGUGGCCCUUACAAGCACAUCUCUCCUGGGGACACCAAGGUGGUGGUGGAGAAUGGGGAGCUGAUCAUGGGCAUCCUGUGUAAGAAGUCUCUGGGCACAUCAGCUGGCUCCCUGGUCCACAUCUCCUACCUGGAGAUGGGCCAUGAUAUCACCCGCCUCUUCUACUCCAACAUCCAGACCGUCAUUAACAACUGGCUUCUCAUCGAGGGUCAUACCAUUGGCAUUGGGGACUCCAUUGCUGAUUCGAAGACUUACCAGGACAUUCAGAACACUAUUAAGAAGGCCAAACAGGAUGUGAUAGAGGUCAUUGAGAAGGCGCAUAACAAUGAGCUGGAGCCCACCCCAGGGAACACUCUACGGCAGACAUUUGAGAACCAGGUCAACCGCAUUCUCAACGAUGCCCGAGACAAAACUGGCUCCUCUGCCCAGAAAUCCCUGUCUGAAUACAACAACUUCAAGUCUAUGGUGGUGUCUGGGGCCAAAGGCUCCAAGAUCAACAUCUCCCAGGUCAUUGCUGUCGUCGGGCAGCAGAAUGUGGAAGGCAAGCGGAUCCCAUUUGGGUUUAAGCACCGGACUCUGCCUCACUUCAUCAAGGAUGACUAUGGGCCUGAGAGCCGUGGCUUUGUGGAGAACUCCUACCUGGCCGGCCUCACACCCACUGAGUUCUUCUUUCAUGCCAUGGGGGGUCGUGAAGGGCUCAUCGACACAGCUGUCAAGACUGCUGAGACUGGAUACAUCCAGCGGCGACUGAUCAAGUCCAUGGAGUCGGUGAUGGUGAAGUACGACGCAACUGUGCGUAACUCCAUCAACCAGGUGGUGCAGCUGCGCUACGGCGAGGACGGCCUGGCGGGCGAGAGUGUGGAGUUCCAGAACCUGGCUACCCUUAAGCCUUCUAACAAGGCUUUUGAGAAGAAGUUCCGCUUUGAUUAUACCAAUGAGCGGGCCCUGAGGCGCACCCUGCAGGAGGAUCUGGUGAAGGACGUGCUGAGCAACGCGCACAUACAGAACGAGCUGGAGCGGGAGUUUGAGCGGAUGCGUGAGGAUCGGGAGGUGCUCAGGGUCAUCUUCCCAACUGGCGACAGCAAGGUUGUCCUUCCCUGUAACCUGCUGCGCAUGAUCUGGAAUGCUCAGAAAAUCUUCCACAUCAACCCCCGCCUUCCCUCCGACCUGCACCCCAUCAAGGUGGUGGAGGGAGUCAAGGAGUUGAGCAAGAAGCUGGUGAUUGUGAACGGGGAUGACCCCCUAAGCCGGCAGGCUCAGGAGAAUGCCACGCUGCUCUUUAACAUCCACCUGCGGUCCACGCUCUGCUCCCGCCGCAUGGCUGAGGAGUUCCGGCUCAGCGGGGAGGCCUUCGACUGGCUGCUUGGUGAGAUCGAGUCCAAGUUCAACCAGGCCAUUGCCCAUCCCGGGGAGAUGGUGGGAGCUCUGGCUGCACAGUCCCUAGGAGAACCUGCCACCCAGAUGACCUUGAACACCUUCCACUACGCUGGUGUGUCUGCCAAAAAUGUGACGCUGGGUGUGCCCCGACUUAAGGAGCUUAUCAACAUUUCCAAGAAGCCAAAGACCCCUUCCCUUACCGUUUUCCUGCUGGGCCAGUCUGCUCGGGAUGCUGAGAGAGCCAAGGACAUUCUGUGCCGCCUAGAACAUACAACAUUGAGAAAGGUGACUGCCAACACAGCCAUCUACUAUGACCCCAACCCCCAGAGCACAGUGGUGGCAGAGGACCAGGAGUGGGUGAAUGUCUACUAUGAGAUGCCUGACUUUGACGUGGCCAGGAUCUCCCCCUGGCUGUUGCGGGUGGAGCUGGACCGGAAGCACAUGACAGACCGGAAACUGACGAUGGAGCAGAUUGCGGAAAAGAUCAAUGCUGGCUUUGGCGAUGACUUGAAUUGCAUCUUUAACGAUGAUAACGCAGAGAAGCUGGUGCUCCGCAUCCGUAUCAUGAACAGUGACGAAAACAAGAUGCAAGAGGAGGAAGAGGUGGUGGACAAGAUGGAUGAUGACGUUUUCCUGCGCUGCAUCGAGUCCAACAUGCUGACCGACAUGACCCUGCAGGGCAUUGAGCAGAUCAGCAAGGUGUACAUGCACCUGCCCCAGACGGACAACAAGAAGAAGAUCAUCAUCACCGAGGACGGGGAGUUUAAGGCCCUGCAGGAGUGGAUCCUGGAGACGGACGGCGUGAGCCUGAUGCGGGUGCUGAGCGAGAAAGAUGUGGACCCAGUGCGCACCACGUCCAAUGACAUCGUGGAGAUCUUCACGGUGCUGGGCAUUGAGGCUGUGCGGAAAGCCCUGGAACGGGAGCUGUAUCACGUCAUCUCCUUUGACGGCUCCUACGUCAAUUACCGGCACUUGGCUCUCUUGUGUGAUACCAUGACCUGCCGCGGCCACCUCAUGGCCAUCACCCGGCAUGGCGUCAACCGUCAAGACACUGGACCUCUCAUGAAAUGUUCCUUUGAGGAAACGGUGGAUGUGCUCAUGGAAGCGGCUGCUCAUGGGGAGAGUGACCCUAUGAAGGGGGUGUCUGAGAACAUCAUGCUGGGCCAGCUCGCGCCCGCUGGCACUGGCUGCUUUGACCUCCUGCUCGAUGCGGAGAAGUGCAAGUAUGGCAUGGAGAUCCCUACCAACAUUCCCGGCCUGGGGGCUGCUGGACCCACCGGCAUGUUCUUUGGCUCAGCACCCAGUCCCAUGGGAGGAAUUUCUCCUGCCAUGACGCCCUGGAACCUGGGUGCCACUCCAGCCUAUGGCGCCUGGUCCCCCAGUGUUGGGAGCGGAAUGACCCCAGGGGCAGCUGGCUUCUCUCCCAGUGCUGCUUCAGAUGCCAGUGGCUUCAGCCCAGGUUAUUCCCCUGCCUGGUCUCCCACGCCGGGCUCUCCGGGCUCCCCGGGCCCCUCAAGCCCGUACAUCCCCUCACCAGGUGGUGCCAUGUCUCCCAGCUACUCACCAACGUCACCUGCCUAUGAGCCCCGCUCCCCAGGGGGCUAUACGCCCCAGAGUCCUUCUUACUCCCCCACUUCACCUUCCUACUCCCCUACGUCUCCAUCCUAUUCUCCAACCAGUCCCAACUAUAGCCCUACAUCACCCAGCUACUCACCGACUUCACCCAGCUACUCGCCAACCUCCCCCAGCUAUUCUCCAACUUCUCCAAGUUAUUCUCCCACGUCCCCCAGCUAUUCUCCAACUUCCCCAAGCUACUCACCGACGUCACCUAGCUAUUCACCAACCUCUCCCAGCUACUCACCGACCUCUCCCAGCUAUUCACCAACAUCCCCCAGUUACUCGCCAACGUCACCCAGCUAUUCUCCCACCUCCCCCAGCUAUUCACCAACAUCUCCAAGCUAUUCACCAACAUCUCCAAGCUAUUCACCAACUUCCCCGAGUUACUCACCCACCAGCCCUAACUAUUCCCCAACCAGUCCCAAUUAUACCCCGACGUCACCUAGCUACAGCCCAACAUCACCCAGCUACUCACCUACUAGUCCCAACUACACGCCAACCAGCCCUAACUACAGCCCUACCUCUCCAAGCUAUUCUCCAACUUCACCGAGCUACUCCCCAACCUCUCCAAGCUAUUCCCCUUCAAGCCCACGAUACACACCACAGUCUCCAACCUAUACCCCGAGUUCUCCCAGCUACAGCCCUAGCUCACCCAGCUACAGCCCUACUUCGCCCAAGUAUACCCCAACCAGUCCUUCCUACAGCCCCAGCUCACCAGAGUACACCCCAACCUCACCCAAGUACUCGCCUACCAGCCCCAAAUACUCACCCACCUCUCCGAAGUACUCUCCUACCAGCCCCACCUAUUCGCCAACCACCCCAAAAUACUCACCAACAUCUCCUACUUAUUCACCAACCUCUCCUGUUUAUACCCCAACGUCCCCCAAGUAUUCACCUACUAGUCCCACUUACUCGCCCACUUCCCCCAAAUACUCGCCCACCAGCCCCACCUACUCUCCCACCUCCCCCAAAGGCUCCACCUACUCUCCCACCUCCCCUGGGUACUCGCCUACCAGCCCCACCUAUAGCCUCACCAGCCCGGCCAUCAGCCCAGAUGACAGUGACGAGGAGAACUGAGGGUGAGCAGAGUGCAGCGAUAGCUGGCUAGGGAGGAGGGCGCCGUGGUCGUCUUGCCCCGCCUCACCACCUGGUAACCACACCAGCCCUCUUGUACAUAAUGCCUGUGAUAUAGUUCCCCAGGGAAGUUCUGGAUCCCAUUUUCGAUGGGCUUUUUGUCUUGUUUUCUAAGUGUGCUUUCUCAGAACCCACUCGCCCAGUUGUGGUUUCUCCUUCCUGCCCCGCCCACCCCAGGCCUGUCCCCACACUGAGGCUCCUUCUUUGCCUGUGGCUUGAUUGGGGUAAAGGAUGUUUUCACUUCUUAGGGGUAGUUCCUGCUGUGGGUCACUACAUUGAAUUUUCAGAAGAAACAAAGUUAAAGCCGUCUUGUCUGUUAUUUUAUUUUUUGAAGUUUAAAUAAAGUUUACUAAUUUUGAUCAAAA